UUGACUUCCAGUCCUGAGAGGAUUUGCUCGAUAUCUCGAGACAAGAGUGAAGUACUUGGGUCGGCAUCAAGAAUUGGUAGAGAAGAGAUUCAUAUAAAGUUCAGAAGGAGCCUUCUGAUGAUCUCAUCAUCAUUUUCAGCAGAUUCUUGGUAAACGCCAUCUAACAGCUCACUUUCUACUCGCAACGGAGAAGAAGCCAUUGCCCAUUGGAGAAUCGCUG